AAAAAAAAAGAAAAUCAAAAGACGAUCAAAUGCCCAUUAUUAUUCAAAAUUGCAUGCAUGCUUCCAUACUGCCAGUACUUGUGGUCCGCAUUUUGUUGUUGCUUGGUUGGUUCAUGAAAAGAGAACGUUCCACGGGGGAAGAAUGUGGGGUCCUUUAAAAAGGACGGACCUGAAUUUGUGUCCUUUCCUGCAGCGGUAAGACCAACGUCGACCUGUCACCUCUCUGCAGCAUCUUGCAAACCAAGAAGGUGGAUUUUAUACCUCAUGAAAGUACUACUCGUUCCCGUCUUCUUUGCCGUUGCGGCUUUGGCAGCUCCGGUCGCAUCCCCCGUCGAGUUCCAGGAUAAUCUGGCCUUCAAUUCGCCUAUCGUCAAUUAUCCUUCCCUUGCUGUCACAAAACCCGAUCAUGAAUUGCUGCGGCGACAGAUCCAGAUUGGUAAGCCAGUGCCCAAACCCCGGCCUCCUCCUCCAUCAGGACCGUCAAAAGGGGCACCCAUUCCUACUGUGAAGUUUGGGCACGGUGUGGCCUCUGGUGAUCCGUUGUCAGAUGCCGUCAUCAUCUGGACAAAGGUCACCUCACAAGAUACCGCCAUUCCAGUAACCUACCAAGUUUCAACAACAGAAGCAUUUUCUUCGCUUGUGCAGAAUGGAACAGUGGUGACAACCCCCGACGUGGACUACACUGUCAAAGUGGACGUAAAAGGUCUCCAACCCGCGACUACUUACUACUACCGCUUUGUGGUUCAGACCCCUUCCGGAACUGCCACAUCUCCCAUUGGCAAGACCCACACGCUUCCUACCGAGGAUGCCGACGUUGAAAGCUACAAAUUGGCCGUCGUCAGCUGCAGUAACCUCCCUUAUGGAUUUUUCAAUGCAUACAAUGGCAUCUCACACCGCACAGAUGUGGACGUUGUGCUGCAUUUGGGGGACUACAUCUAUGAAUAUGCAAACAAAAAGUACGGUGAUGGGACAGCAAUCGGUCGCAUUCCUCAACCUGACAAGGAUAUUGUCACACUCUCAGACUACCGCACCCGCCACGCCCAAUACAAAACUGAUCCAGAUCUACAGCUCGCUCACCAAAACGUCCCGUGGAUUACCGUUUGGGACGAUCAUGAAUUCGCCGACAACGCGUGGAAAGACGGCGCAGGGAACCACAACCCUUCUACGCAAGGUCCUUGGGAAGAACGCAAACUUGCAGCCAUGCGGGCAUACUUUGAAUACAUGCCCAUUCGGUCGGCCGUGAUUGAUGGAAAGGGCAAGAUUUACCGUAGUUUCCAUGUUGGAAAGCUGUUGGAUUUGAUAAUGCUGGAUACGAGAAUUGCUGGCAGAGAUAAGACGGAUUUGAGGAAAACACAAGAAAUCAAUGCACCCGGCCGAUCUAUCCUGGGUGCGGAUCAAGAAUCCUGGCUUUACAAUGAACUCUCAAAGUCCAGUCAAGGCGGCAAACAAUGGCGCCUUUUGGGCAACCAAGUCACUUUUUCACCAAUGAAGAUUCUGGGCCAGUUGACUGGUGCAGACAGUUGGGACGGAUAUCCCGCAUCCCGAGCUCGGCUCAUGUCGCACCUUACGGACAAUAACAUCCAAAACACUGUCAUCUUGACUGGCGACAUUCACACAGCGUUCGCCUUUGAUGUACCAGAAGACCCAUACAAUAUCUUCAAAUACGGCCCCAUUUCCGGGCGCGGAUCGGUGUUGGUGGAGUUUGUUGGCACGAGUGUGACCAGCCCUGGUGCGGGCGCUGUGGCUGUAGCUGGCUUGAGAAUGAGCCAGCCUCAUCUAAAGUUUGGCAAUGGGAAGGACCAUGGAUACAUGGUUGUGACGGUUACCGCGGAGAAGGUGUCAACAGAGUAUGUGGUCGUUGCUGCUGUCGAUAGAAGAACGCGUCUAGAGUCCACUGAUGCCAUAGUGGAGACUGCAAGUGGGUCAGGAAGGAUCACAAGCGUUCAACAGUUUAACUAGUAGAAUGGGGGCUUUUAUGCAUGAUAUUGGGUUUGACUCGUAUAUAGUAGAGAUGGGAGAUUUUACUCUUGAUAUUGAUAAUUAACAAAGAUACAUUUGGCCUUACCAGGCGUAAGGCUCGAAUGUGAUCAGGGCUGCAAAGGAA